AUGAGGGCAACCGGUCGACUUGCGAGGGUGAAGGCGGUGGCGGGGCCCUCCGCAUUUUUUCCCGGCCUACGCCGCGUGGUGGCAGUUUUUCGAAGUUCGCGGGCCCCUGAGUGGGGUUUCGCAGCGGGGGGAUCACCCCCUUCCCUGACGAGCGCCCGUCGUCAUCAGACGACGGAUGGGGGUGGGGCGACGAAAAAGGAUCUCUAUGCCGUCCUCGGUGUCCAGCGAAACGCCACACAGGAGCAGAUCAAAACGGCCUACAAACAAAAAGCGAAGAUCCUCCACCCCGAUGUCAACCCCAACCCGCGCGCUGCCGAGGACUUCGCGACGGCCAAGCAGGCCUACGAGACCCUCUCCGACCCGCAGAAGCGGAGUAUGUAUGACAUGACUGGGAACGCGAGCGCCGCGGGGAACUUCGGCGGGGGGGCGGGGUUUAACCCUUUUGGCGGAACGAGCAACCCCUUCGGUGGGGCGGGCAACCCUUUCGCGAACGCCACCAACGGCUCUGGUGGGUUCUCCUUCACCGACUUCGAGGAAAUCUUCCAGAAGAUGAGCGGCAGCGGCAAGGACAAGACCCGCAAGCCCCAGGGCCCGGAGCCCGGGGCGGACAUCCACUACAAGAUGAAGCUGACCUUCCUCGAGGCCGUCCACGGCUGCACGAAGGAGAUCUCCUACAACACAAUGCGGCGCUGCGGGAUGUGUGCGGGGAGCGGGUGCCAGGAGACGACCGCGCGGAGCAAGUGCGCACACUGCGGAGGACGGGGGAAGAAGGUCAUGUCGACCGGCUUCUUUCACAUGCAACAGGACUGCACGCACUGCGGGGGAACGGGGGAGAUGGGACGCACGACCUGCGCCCAGUGCAGCGGAAAGGGCAUCGUCAAGGACCGCAGUCUGCAGACGCUGCGGGUACCGAAGGGCAUCGACCAUAAGGAGCGGCUCCGCGUGAGCGGGAGGGGUGAGGUCGGGGUGCGCAACGGGCCGCCGGGGAACCUCUACGUCGAGGUCACCGUCGAGGAGGACGCGGUCUUCCACCGCGAGGGCACCGACAUCCAUAUCGUCGCCCCGAUUUCACUUUCGAUCGCGGUCCUCGGCGGCACCGUCCGAGUCCCAACCCUCACCGGCGAGGUCGAGACAAAAGUGCCACCGGGAACGCAGCAGGGCGAUCGGCUGGUAGUGCGCGGCCGCGGCGUGCAUCGGCCGAACCAAAACCGCACCGGCGACUUCUUCAUCCACUUUGCCGUCCUCCUCCCUAAGAUGCUGACGGACGCGCAGAAGGAAGCGAUCGCCAAAUUCGCCAAAGAUGAGCCUCCUAUCGAACUGUCAAACACGGAGCUGCAGGAGCUGAAGAACCGAUACCGCUCGUGGUUUGCUGAGUAA